AUGGGGCCAGCUCCUUAUAUAACAACUGAAGAGGAACAACAGAUUGCUCAAUGGUGUAUCGAUUUAUGUAAAUGCGGUUUUCCGCUAAAAAUUGAUGAUUUAUUGAAUACUGUUCAAAAAAUUAUAAAUGACACGAACAGAAAAACGCCAUUUAAAAAUAAUCGGCCAGGGAGAACAUGGAUGCAAGCUUUCAUUAAGCGGAAUCCAUCUUUAGCAAUGAGGGAAGUGGAAACAAUAAGUAAGGGUAGGGCAGUAGUGACGCAGGAGACAAUUUUGAAAUGGUUUAAAGAACUUGAAGAACACUUAAAAACUAUUGGACAGGAAAACAUAAUGAAUGAUCCUUCAAGGAUCUUAAAUGGUGACGAAACUAGCUUUUGCCUCUGCCCGAAAACUGGGAAAGUUAUAGCUCCAAAGGGCUAUAAAAAUAUUUACCAAAUUGCAGCCGGAAAUGAAAAGGAGACUUUAACGGUGCUUAUAGUUUUUUCAGCCGAUGGAAAACUGUUCGAACCGAUGGUUGUUUUUCCAUACCUGCGUCCACCAAAAGAAAUCGUCGACAGUAUGCCAAAAUCCUGGUUUUUGGGACGGAGUGAGAGUGGUUGGAUGAAAAGCGAAACAUUUUUUGAGUACGUCGCCAAUUGUGUGCACAAUCGAUUGCUUGCUGAUGGAGUUGAACGGCCAGUUAUUUUAUUUGUCGAUGGCCACAAAUCACACUUAACCCUGGAACUAAGCGAGUUUUGUAACCGAAACCAAAUAAUUUUAUAUGCGUUGCCACCGAACACCACGCACAUCAUGCAGCCGGCGGACGUCAGUGUGUUUAAGCCUUUAAAAUCGGAUUGGAAAACAACGGUACGUGAAUGGCAGUCAACUAAUUUGGGACAGCCACUUACUAAAAAAAACUUCUGUCCCCUUUUAAACGAUGCGAUUGUUAAGAACAAGGAUGUGGUGGCAACUAUACGAAAUGGAUUCCGAAAAUGUGGUUUGUAUCCAUUGAACCCUGCAGCAGUCGACUAUUCCAAAAGCGUCAAGAACAACGCUGAGAACUUGCUCAUUGCUCAAGCUCCACUCUCAUCCGAACCAGAACAAACCGCUGAACCUUCAAAAUUUGAGAUAGCUGCUCAAGUGAUUAAAUCAUUGUCAGGGCAACUGCAAGAUUGUGGUAUUGAUCCUGAAAUCGUUUUAAAGGUUAUUCAAACUGAAGCGUCAAAAACACCAAUACUGGACAUAACAGUGGACCCUGCUCUUGAAGGGAUCACAGGGGGAUUACGCGACUUAAGCACUGUAGUUUACGUUCUAAACAGGGAUGGUACCUUAUACAAAGAAACCGAAGAAGCAUCUGGAACUAAUCAGACCAACAGAAUUGAAUCCGCGAUGGAGCUGAAUUCAUCGACAAACGUCGGGCAAGAUCAAAUUUCAUUAGAACUACAAGAAAUCGCUGCCAUUGAUAAGGAAAUCAUCGAACUCGCAUUCCCUACCACAAAAUCAGAUGACCUUCAAAAUCCUUCCCCAGGACCAUCGGAAGCCAGCCAAUCUCGAUCCCAAAGCACGCCAAGCUCACCAUCGCCCGUGCAGAGCGCCGAGUGCAAUUUUCUCAGAUGCUUGGCGAGAGAUCCAUGCUAG